GUAUUAUUCAGGAUCACCUCUGGACACGAACAGCCCAACAGACAGUUUCCGUUCAAACAUUUCAAAGUAAAAUGAAAGGUAGCUUCAUUAACCAGUGGAAUCCCAACGUUUCAUACAUGAGUAUUUUCAUCAUAAACCUGAAACAUCACAUUAAUAUUAGUUAUUGCACUUUAGUUAUUUUUAUUUGCAUAAAUAAAAAAAGAAACAAGUGACUUUUAUUUUGAAUGUAGCGUGAUUUCCGGCACCAGUUCAAGCUGUGUAGACACAAACUGUAGACAGACUCAUUCGGCAGCAGAGAGGACGCAGCAGAGAUUGACGCAGUGAUCGCAGGUUUUCUGAUGCUCAGACAUGGAUCCAGAUCCAGAUCCAGGUCUGACCAUCGUCAUUUUGGGAAACACUGGUGUCGGUAAAAGUGCUACAGGAAACACCAUUUUAGGACAAACAGCGUUUGAGUCCAAACGAUCCUUCAGAUCAGUGACGACAAAAAUCUCUGAGGCAACAGAAACUUUGUUUGGGAAACAGAUCUCAGUGAUCGACACUCCGGGAAUAUUAGGAUCAGAGCAGCUGAUCAGAACCUUGUGUCAGGACCACCUGAAGUCAUCCAGACCCUGUCUGUUCCUGGUGGUGGUUAAAAUAGAUCGAUUCACUGAGGAACAAGAGAAGGCCGUGGAGGCAGCCAUCAGCGUUCUUGGGGAACAGGGAUUGGACAAGAGUUACCUGCUCUUCACACAUGGAGAUACCUUAGACAAGACAGUGGAAGACUUCAUCUAUGAAGAGGAUGAAUGUCCACUUCCAAAGCUUGUUGAAAGGUUCAAAGACAAGUAUCUUGCAUUCAACAACAAACAUGGAGGACAGGAACAAGUCAGAGAGCUGCUGGGGAAGUCAGAUGUUCUUCCCAGGGCGUCUGUCCCUCUGGAGAACAGGAGGAUCGUGCUGUUUGGUCUGUCAGGAUGUGGGAAGAGUUCAUCAGGAAACACCAUCCUGGGGUCAGAACGUUUUAAAUCAGACUGUGACUUUGAAGCCGUCAGUUCUGAGUGUGUCUCUGAAUCAGCCAUAGCAGAGGGUCGCCAGGUCACAGUACUGGACACUCCAGGAUUUACUGAUGAAGGUGUAUCUCCUGAAAUGCUGGGCCUUAACAUCAUAAAGACAGUAAAAGAGGCCAGUCCAGGAAUACACGCCUUUGUUAUUGUGGUUAAGAUCGGCAGGGUCUUCGAAGCAGAGGCUUCUCUGCUGAAACAACUCCCAACUCUCUUUGGAAGAGAUGCAAAUAAGUACACGAUGGUCCUUUUUACUCAUGGGGAUGAGCUCAGAAGUCAGUGCGUCGAUGAGAAGAUCCGGUCCAGCAGGCGUAUGUCUGAGCUGGUCUCCAUGUGUUGUGGGAGAUACUGUGUGUUUGACAACACAGACAGAAGAAACAGGCUGCAGGUUCAAAAGUUCCUGGACCAAGUAGAUGAAAUGGUCUCAUUCAAUGGUGGAGAACCCUGCCCCAUUGACGAGCUCAACACAGCUAUUGGAAAUGUGAGUGUCCGGCCCAGGUCAGGUCAGAUAUCUCAGUUUGAAAGACGGUCUGAAGAGACACCAGGACAAACUGUUAGAGAAGCACAAGGGAUCUGGGCUUGGAUCAUGUGGCUUGUGGACUUAAUUCGAAGCCUGUUUAACAGGGAGCAAGCCAAUACAACUUACAGUUUACUCACUCAGCCACUGUUAGCUUAACAAUGAUAAAACCACUUGUGAUCCUAUUGUGAAUUAUUCACUCACGGAUUUACUGUGUUGUGUUGUGGAAAAAAAUCACUUUCUUUGUAUCUUGGCUAUUAAUGUUUUUGUCUUAAAACUGUCUGGUGCCACUUCUGGCCACUUGGUUGAUUUGAUUUUUAAAUGAUCUUAAACCACGUUGGUCUUUUGUUAGAGAUGUGCUAUAGAAAAAUAUUCUUAUCAUAUUAUUGUUAUAUUUAUCUUCUUUAAUCAAUAUGUAUGCACCUUGAGCAGGUAAUCUGUAUCUGAUAUAGAGCAUGGCUGCAUAAGAAUCCAGUAACAACAAAAUGUAUGUUUGUAUUUUUCAAUCUUUAUAUUGUUGUGUAGAUUAUUCCCCUUUCAUUGUAUUAUAUCCACCCAGCCUCAACCUGUGCUGAUAAUAAUUAUAGAAUGUAAAUAAAAAUGUACAUAAAUCUC